CCCCGCCCCCCCGGCGGCCCGAAGCCGCGCGGGGCCGGGGCCAUGUGUCGCGCGCGGCUCCGCCUCCCGCCGGUCCUCUGAGGCGGCGGCCGGGGGGAACGGAGAGAGAGAGACAGCCAGGAACCUAUUUCAGGCGUUCUGUGCCCGUGGCAGGCACACCGGACCGCGCCGGGGCAGGGCCUUUUUCUCUGGUCUGGACCACCCGGAUGGGGCUCACCGGGCCCCGCCCCGUCUGGCCUAGCCCGGCCUGCCCGAGUGCCUCAAACUCUGCAGGCAGGCUAGCUGGUGAACCCCAGCCACACGUCCUGCCGCCAGUCUGCCAAGGAUCCGGGGAUGGGCAGGUGCCACCCGGCCCGCUCCGGAGUCAGCACUGGGUCUCAGCGAGGCCGGGUGACGCUCCAGAAUGGGAGACAAGCCAAUUUGGGAGCAGAUUGGAUCCAGCUUCAUUCAACAUUACUACCAGUUAUUUGAUAACGACAGAACCCAACUAGGCGCAAUUUAUAUUGAUGCGUCAUGCCUUACGUGGGAAGGACAGCAAUUCCAGGGGAAAGCUGCCAUUGUGGAGAAAUUGUCUAGCCUUCCGUUCCAAAAAAUCCAGCAUAGCAUCACGGCACAGGACCAUCAGCCCACGCCAGAUAGCUGCAUCAUCAGCAUGGUUGUAGGCCAGCUCAAGGCCGACGAAGACCCCAUCAUGGGGUUCCACCAGAUGUUCCUAUUAAAGAACAUCAACGAUGCUUGGGUUUGCACCAAUGACAUGUUCAGGCUUGCCCUGCACAACUUCGGCUGACCUCCUCCCAGCCAGGCACUCAUGCUGUUUCCUCCUCCCUCCUCUUCCAAUACUAUUCACACUCCUUCAGAUGCUCCAAAUAUCAUACACAAAUGAGCAGGGCCACAGUGGGAGUGGCGCAGUGCGCUGCUGCUACUGAGGUGUUGUGCAUGAUGUUUGGAUGCUAGAAUAGUUGCAUCUGACGGGAGGAGUUUGUGUUGUACCAGCGCAUGCCUUGGAAAGACUUAAGUAAUGCAAAAGGUUGUCUUUUUUUUUUUUUUUUUUUUUUUAAUCUACUGACAAGUUGCUCUAGUAACCCAAAGAAGUGAAGGAGAAAGCAGCUGCCUCACCGCCCAGAUAUUGAUUUGUUCAGAUGUUUCAAUGCCUCAUGAUACAAUAAAACCACGAAAAUUUUCUUAACAGUU